CAGACGGUGUCGCCGUACGAGGAGGUGACGAGCCCGGAGGCGGAGCCGGGCCGCGCCGUCACCUGCUUCUACCGGCUGCGCACGGCGCGCAAGGACCUCGUGCUGCGCCUGCGCUUCCGCCGCUUCAAGGUCGGCGUCCUCGUCAACGGCACGCACUGCCUGCGCGGCUACUUACAGAUCGUGGAUGGCAAUGCGAAGACGGAGCUGAGUAACCGAAAGGAUCCGGGCAUGUUCUGCGGCGAGACGGAACAACCGCAGACGUUCAUCUCGGAGACGAGCUUCGUCAAGGUGGUGUUCCACGUGGACAACUUCACGGACCAGACCUACUUCAGCUUCGAGUCCCGCGUGGAGCAGCAGCUGGAGGUGUACGCGCGCUACGGCCACCACCCCGAGCUCUACCCCAACAGGCGCGGCCAGGUUGUGCCGGGGUCCUACUGCGAGCGCGUGUUCCGUGACUGUCGUCUGCAGACGUGCUACGUGCAGUCUCCCGCCUACCCAGGCGUCUACCCCAGGGGGCUGCACUGCCGCUACCACCUCAACACGAGGCUACCCUUCAUCAAGCUCUACAUCGAGAACGAGGUCUUCAACAUCGACGGCCAGCGCUGCGAGAACAUCAUGACCUGUCCCAUGAGGCCCAUCUCGUCGGGCGCCGAGAACUGCCCGUACGACUACAUUAAGGUGUACGACGGGAAGAACGAGAGCGCACCAGUCAUCGGCGUCUUCUGCGGGAUGGGACACUUCCCGUACUCGAUCAUCGGCACUUCGGAAGACCUGCUGGUGGAGUUCUCGAGCUCUCCGGCGGGCCCGCUGCUCAAUACGGGCUUCCACUUCAACGUGGGCAGCUGGCCGGGCCACGGGAAGCUGGCGGGCGUACGCAACGGCACGUGUGACUGGCUGCUGACCGGCGACGACCUGGGGUCCGACCAGGAGGGCAUCUUCCAGAGCGUCGCCCACUGGUACCCGCCCCACUCCUCCUGCACCUACCUGCUGCAGGGCCGGCCCGGACAGGUCGUGCGCCUCUACUUCCCCAGCUUUCGUAUCAACACGAUAGAGGCGCCCAUCCAGCCCUAUGACGGGGACUGCGGCGAGUCUCUGACGCUGUACGACGCGUCGUGGGCGGACGACGCGCGAAUUAUUAAAACCUUCUGCGACACCUUCUCCAGGGCCAUGGAGAAGCACGACUUCGUCUCCAGCGGCAGCUCCAUGUUCGUCCGCUUUGAAAGCAAGACUGGCAGCUACUCAGGGUCUUCGCUGUACUACUGGGCGCACUACGACUUCUUCAACGCGAGCCGCAGCGGCGACCCGGUGGCGGGCAGCGCCUGCGACGAGCAGUUCGUGGCGUGGAGGAGCGCCUCAGGGUACCUGCGCUCGCCGCUCAACACGCUGGUCUACAAGCGGCACGCCGACCCGCACCACAGCGUGCGCUGCCAGUACCGCUUCAUCUCCGACCGGAGGCUCUUCGCCAGGGUCAUCCUCACCAUAGAGUCCAUGGCUUUCAAGGACAACCCGUACAGCGUGGGCCGGUGCGGCGACUGCCUGCGCGACCGCGCGGACAAGCUGGUGGUGCUGGAGCCGGCGGGCAACGCGUCGUCGCCGGUGUCGGCGGUGCUGUCGGCGUGCCUGUGCCACGGGGGCGCGCAGCUGCCGCCGCUGUCGGUGGUGUCGCGCGGCGAGCGCCUCACGCUGGAGCUGCGCGUCGACGCGGCGCACGCCGCCUCCAGCUACUUCAAGCACGCGCCGCCGCUGUUCGAGGCGCGCUACCGCUUCGUGCACGCGCCCCUCUGCGGGCCGCCGCUGCUGCCGCCCGCCACCGACGGCGAGCUGCGCUUCCCCAACUUCGAGGCGCUGCUGGGCUUCGCGGAGCCGCCGCGCGCGCUGCACUGCAUCUGGCGGCUGGCGGUGCGGCCGGAGCGCCACCUCUGGCUGCACUUCGAGGACGCGCGGCUGGCGUCGCGCGACUGCCGGCUGUCGGUGUCGCUGCCCGCGCGGCCCGCGCCGCUGCUGUUCGCGUGCGGCGUCAACGCCAGUGCCUUGCAGGAGCUGCCCGUCAUCGCGGCCGCCGACCUGCUCCCUUCGCCUCUCGCUAAUGAGUUCUCAGUUUGCAUCGGUUGUUGUGUUACCUGGCGUACACGUGAACAAAUCAAUCAGCAGGAUUCCGGGUCGGCGCCGUCGUCGGGCGAGGCCGGCGAGGACGGGGAGGAGGCGUCGGCGCCCUCUUCCUACUACGUGACGCGCGCCGACGCGGCCGAGGACUGCGAGUUCCCGUGCCCCGGCGACGCGGGCUACUGCAUCCCCGCGCGGCUCGUCUGCAACGGCGUCGCCAACUGCCCGGCCAACGCGACGCUGGCGGCGGCCCAGGGCGACGAGGGCAGCGCGCUCUGCACGCGCCCCGACGCCGCCGACGUCAACUGGCUGGCCGUCGCGCUGUCCGCCGGCGCCGCCGCGCUGCUCGCUCUCGCCGCCUGCGUCGCCAUCGUCUGCCGCUCCUGCUGCGCCGGCGGCGCCGAUGCCGACAAGGCCGUCGCCGGGGACGUCGCGGCGGGAGGAGGCGUCGGCGUCGGCGGCGGUGGGGGCGGCAUAGACGACGAGCGCGCCUACGACGGCUACCGGCGAUGA